AAUAUUCUGUAUGGAUAAACAGUGGAUUUCGAUGCGCCAUCACGUUGGAUUAUAAGACUCACUGUGGAGCCGUCACUGCCCUUUACUAUUGGUGUGCUGGCCAACUUUACCUGGUCACCCAGACAGGAAAAGGAACUAAAUAAACGGGCGAUGUUUUUCAUUGGGAGAGACAGUUGAAGACAUCGGGACAAAAUCACAUUUUCCAGGAGAGCUGAUCAGAAGGAAGGCUACUGAGACAGAGGCGGGACUAGUGGCUGCCGAAGCUCCAGGUGUCAUGGAGCUCCCGUCCUCCCCCUCUCCAUCGUCCACCUUCUCGCUCCUCAACCUGUCCCUCCCCUCCACCUCUCCAUCGCUCUCUCCAUCCCCAAGCACGGCCUCCACUGCUCUCUUCUGCUUCCUGCUCUCCCUCCUGUCCCUGCUGGGGAUUGUGGGUAAUCUCUACACCAUUGGACUGCUCUUGCAUCGCCGCAGGGGAGGCCGACGGAGGCCGCUGGGGGGGCCGUGUAUGGCAUGUCUGGGUCACUCCUGUCUGAGCUCCGCGUCCUCUUCCCCCUCCAUCUCUCCCUCUUCCUCUCCCAAUACCUCUUCCUCCUCCUCUUCCUCAUCCUCCCUCCACAUCCAGGUGUUGAGCCUGGCCCUUGCUGACCUGCUGUACCUGUCCACCGCGCCCUUCAUCGUGUACGACAGCCUGACGUCCAACUGGGCGUUCGGCGAGGUGGGUUGCCGGCUCCUGUUCAGCCUGGACCUGCUCACCAUGCACGCCAGCAUCUUCACACUGACCGCCAUGAGCAUGGACCGCUAUCGGGCCGUGGCCCACCCGCUGGCGGCAUCCGUCUCUCCCUCCUCGGGCCUGCUGCGUGUGGUGCUGGCCUGGGGCAUCGCCGUGGCGCUCAGCCUGCCCAUGAUGAUCACAAUGCACCUGGAAGACAGCGGGACCCAGAUGUUGUGCUUGCCAGCGUGGGAUGACCAGAGCUCCCGGAUCUACCUGAGUGUGCUCUUCUGCACCAGCAUCCUGGCACCAGGGCUGGCCAUCGGGGGGCUUUACGCUGCGCUGGGCCGCCUCUACUGGAGGUCCCAGAGCCAGGCUGCAUGGAGCUCCAGCGGCAGUUACACGCCGCGGGCCCCGCGGCCCAAGGUACUGCUGCUGAUCCUGGGCAUCGUGCUGGCCUUCUGGGCCUGCUUCCUGCCCUUCUGGGUCUGGCAGCUGCUGCCCCUCUACCGGCCCGACUUCCUGCCAUCGGUGCCGACCAGCACUCAGGUCACGGUCAACCGCAUCCUCACAGGGCUAACCUUCGGGAACUCGUGCGUGAACCCGUUCUUCUACACGCUCCUCACGGGCAAGCGCAGGAGAAACAGGCAGACCAUCAGCUCUAACGCCCCCCUGUGUCAGAAGACCAGUUCCAUACGCUAACACACAGCAGAACAGUUCCAUGCAGAACAGACCAGAUGUUAACACAAAACAGGCAAGCUCUAUUCUCUGACAGACCAGACCAGCUUCAUACACUAAAGCAGAAUACUAGCUUCACAUGUUAACACAGAGCGUACAAGUGACACAUCCUAACACAGUAUGGCCCUGCUCCAUAUGCAAACAGACCAUGGACUAGCUACAUACACAAACACAGAACAGACUAUUUACACACAAUAGCUAAACACCGAACAGCCUAUGUAAACUAUACUACAACCAAAUGAACUAGGUCUACAUGCUAACACAGAAUGAACCAGCACUUUAAUAAUACAAAAUGGACCAGAUAUGUUGAACAGGACAGCACCUAAUGUUGCAGUGGAUUAGCUUUACACCUUAAUCGAUCACACCUGGGCCAUCUUCACUAACACCAGAUGGACUUGUCUUGCUCCAUACACUUCUGCAGACUGGACCAGUGCCUUAUGCUAACACAAAGUACACCAGCUUCUGCAGAUGCUGAGUAGAAUGUUCAGUAACAGUAAUGGCCAUCGCUGGCUGUGCAGCACUGCACUGUUGCCUACUAAAACAGCAAACCCACAAUCAGUGUUGAGAGCUGCAUGCCACCGAGCACCUAGGGACAAAAGAUAAGCUGAGCUCUCAGUGUACCUACAGUGUGUGUAAGUGCCUGAGCUGAAACCACAACAUCUGUACAUGGUUACUCGUGGUGCUAACAGAUUCUUCUCAGCAGACUCUCCUUUACAUGUGCCUGGAAAUAAAAACUCCAUGGAGCCUCUUGUGUGCGGUUAUUCUUCAAGACGUGAGAAAUACCUCACGAAAGAUCCAGGCAAAACCACACAGUCACCCAGACGGAUCUAUGCCAAGUCUGGUUUGAUGUGUUUUAGGGCUGUUCUGAUGUUUGCACUGUAUUGCCCUCUAGCACCUCUCACCUGUGAUCAACCAACCAUUCUGACAAGGACUGGCAAUACCUGCAGCACCAUGACAACAGAAACAAUACCUGCAGCACCAUGACAACAGAAACAAUACCGGCAGCACCAUGACAACAGAAACAAUACCUGCAGGACCAUAUCAACAGAAACAGGCAUAAGUCAAACAGUCCGAAUGCUUGCAAACUGCAUAGCCAUAGUAUUUUAACCAGAGCACUUAUUUUGUUAUGUUGUUAUGAGCUUGUAUUUUCUCAGAGGACAAAUCAUUUUAUGAUGUGCUACAGAAUGCUUUAAGUCGUUGAAAAUAUUAUGAAGUUGAAACACAUAAAAAAAACUUUUAUAAAAGAUGAAGUUAAACCUCACCUUGUUGAAAAGUUCAGUUUAAAAUAUAUUUCUAGGCUGCUUUGUAAAUUCUAAGAUGCUGUUGUUUUUGUGUGUACGCGAGCAUGUGCUUGUGCAUUUGUGUGUGUGUGAGGGUAAUCCCCAUGUCUUUGCAGUGGUCUUCUUCCGUAGAUUGAACACAGAUGUUUGUUCGCACACUCUGGAUAACACAUGAAGAGAAAGCUGAAUGCCUCAGAAAAAGAUUAAUGUUAUCAUGCCCCAAAAAUGGCCACUCACCCUAGGUGAAUGAAGAUGAGCGUGCACAUUAUUAUUUGACAGACUCUACUAAUCAGAGUGCAAUGGUGAAGUACUAGCGAGGAAUGGUGCUUCUUUGAAGGACUGCUAAAAAUGGACAUGUCUACAACAACGAAGCCAUGUAUCUUUUGUGCAAUUUUAUGAAUAAUCGAGUACCAGAAAGUGUUUAUUACUGUAUUAUUCAUGUACCUUAUAUCUUAAUGCUGUCUCCACAAAGCUUUUCAAUCUUUGAAAUGAGAAGAAUGUUUAAGUUGUA